AUGUCAAACCGUGAGAAUAGACCCCAUGCGCUCAGACGCAGACCAUUGCCUGCUGUCCCGCAGAUUCUCGAAGGCAUCGAGCUGGAAGAGGUGGUCGACUGUCUGCCAUCAGUUCACCAGGUUCUCAGAAACCGUGAGACAACCGAUUCAGGUCUAGGCGUUGUCCAAAGAUCGUCCAACAGACCAAAGCAGUUGUUUCCCUUGUAUCAGACGGUGGAUGAAGCCAGUGUGGAGGCAUUCGCAAUCAACCGUUCCCCACAUGGACAGCCCGCUAGAACCACGAGACUUCUUCCACCUCCAUACGGCUCUUACUAUCCACCCAGAGCUGCUCCUACGGUUACACCUUCCACUCACCCUCUCCUCCAGCAGUCUCCAGCAUCCACCGCGGGAGGAUCAUCGAACCUGACGUCCGCACCGGCUGCUCCAGUCAUCGUGGUGACCGAUCCCGAUGGUGAUCAACGAGCCCUAAGCACCGAAGACGAGUUUCUCUAUCCAAUCCCUCUUCUGGGGGACGCAUCAGCUCAGCCAGGUAUUCCUCUUCCCCAUGUAGCCGAAGAGCCCCGCGGACAAGCUUAUGACAUUUUAGAGGAGUUCCGGCAGAGGGACGACAAUCCUCCGCCACCCCGCAAGUCCACAGUGCAGAGAUCCCGCCUGUCCCCAUUCUGGCAGCCUCGGCCCGUCCGCACUUACUCGUCGUUCGCCGGAGGGGGGUACCCGCCAGACAACGGGAUGGGCUUUGCGAGUCGGUCCCUGUCCCUGUCCCCGUCCCCUCCCGGCAUUGAGAUCGUGACCGCGUUCGAAGACCAACCCGCGCGGACGGCGAAAUGCGAUGUGUGCGAUGGCCGCAACACCUCCGGUAUGAGCCGCUGUACGGUGUGCAAGUGGCAGUGUUGUCACGAUUGCACCAUCCGCCAUGGCCUUCGCAGAGCUCACAUUUGCGGGAACGUUUUGCACGUUGCGCCGACCACGCGGGAGGAAUUACUGCGGAGCAGCACGGAAACCAGUAGUCGAUCGACAGGCAGAACAAAGAGAAGGAAGCAAGCGAAGAAGGCGGGUGGUAGUGGUGCAAGGGCGAGUGCGCAUGCGCAUGCGAGGAACAAUCGCGGCUUGGAGUCCCCGGUCAGCACUUCAGACGACGGCUCGAGCGUGGGAACAGCCACUGAGACAAGGUACCAUGUGGAGACAGGUGUGUUCGAGAAUCCCCAUCCACGCGCGAGUACCUAUCAGUCGUUCGUCGACGGGGACGUGAUCGUACGAGAUUUCGGAGCAGUGACGGAAGCAGAAGGUACGGCGGCCGAGGCAGGUGCAAACAUUCGCACAUUUCCCAAGCCCAAGCAGGCUCAGCAAUUCGUCAGUACAGUGCAUCCGAGCUACAGCCACGAGUGUAUUUGGGGUCCGCCGCCUGGCCUCGAUGACGCCUUCACCGCCAAUGCAGCUCGUGUUUACAUCUCAGCCACUCCAUCGGGAAGACCAGAGUACAGUGAUCAAGAUAUGGAGGAUGCUGGCGAGCUUCUUACCUUUUCAACCGCGGCGACAGCGAUAGAAGAUGUAAAGCGAGGUAUAUAUCUUGCAGCCGGAGGUAUCCCAGAUGAAGGUAGCAUAAUCGAAGACGCGAGCGCGCUGACCCAGCGGGAGAUUGAGGAGUAUAAGCAGAGCCGUGCUUCGGAAACCCUCGCGGGUAUGAAUCCGACGAACCAGCAUCAGGGACUCGCGAAGCACGAUGCUGUGCAGGUCGAAGCGGAAGAUACUGUGGCAGCCCGCACUGCUGCACGUCCCAUCUACUUCCCUGGUUCCAGUCGCUAAGCGUAAGUGAUCCCAUCCCCUCGUGGAAAUUCAAUUCUCCGGCAUGGAUGCUUGCUUAUAGUUCCAAAGCAGACACUCAUCUUUCCCGUCAACGUCGCCUAUAAAUUGGAGAAGCAGUCGUCGCCGAGCAUGCUAGAUCUAGUUUUCGAUAUAAGGGCUCUUGACUAGUUUUUUGGUGGCAAGGGUGUGGCUUUUGACCGGAGUAAAAAUAGCUCGGGGAUGGUAAAGGAGCGGUGGGUGUGGGAGGAGAUCCUAUCGGGUUUUUAGCGGUGUACAUCAAGUUCUGAGUUUCAUCCUGCAAAUCUUCAAUAUCGCUACAGGAUCGAGUGAUGAUGCGCAAGAUAGCACUGAAAAUGCAAUGUUAUUGUACAAAAAGAAAAACAACAAGAAGCUCCGAAAGUAGAGAGGACGAUGGGUUAUAAAUACAACACAAGAGAAAA